AUGCCUCUCACCAUCCUCUCUCGGUCGCAGCUCCGAGAUGUGCUACACUCUCUCACUCGUGACGAGAUCACCGAGUUGCAACGAAAUCUAUCCGAGGCCUUACGCGAAUACUCGACCGGUGCCCAAGAUAAAGGUUGCUCGGCGACCUAUCAGCCUCAGCGAACGGCCAUUACUCGACAGAAUGGCUGUACCACCUUGUUCAUGCCCGCCAGCACGGGCCAGACCAUCGGAAUCAAGAUGAUCUCACUGCAGGACGGCUCCGCCGCCGGUUGUGCUGUGGAGCGUGCUGCCUUAGACAUUGCUGAUGGUGAUUCGACAUCUUCCCGCUCGCGGACUGGUUCCGUGCGCAACUCGGUCGCCUCGCUCUCCUCCGACUUGAGUGAUCUCUCCGUCGAUUCCUCCCAGGAAGAUAGCAACUCCGUCAGUCCAACACUGACAACCACAACCUCCGGAAGUGGGGGUGACAGCGCCGAUAGCUCGACACUUCUCUCUGGAUGUGUGAACCAACAACCGGUAGUCGACAACAAUGUCUCAGAUACGAUGGGCGCUUGGCCUGGAGCAGGCACCCGUGACACCUCCCCGAAGGGCAGUUUGACACUUCUAGACAGCGAGAGUCUACCCUUCGCCCUGAUAAACGCACACGAACUCACAGCCUUCCGCACCGCCCUCGCCUCUUUGAUGAUCUUCAACAGGCGUAAGAAGGUCCGUACCAUCCUGGUAUUCGGCGCCGGAACCCAAGCAUACUGGCACAUUCGACUGGCGUUGAGUCUACGCGGCGAUGAGAUCCGCCGCGUGUACAUCGUCAAUCGCUCCUUCGAGCGAGCGGCCAAUCUCCUCCGUGACAUCUACCUUCCCGAAAACACGAAGUGGCGCGGCGAUACCAAAUUCUCCGCCAUGAGCACUGACUUCGGCGAAUACAACCGAAUUAUCAAAGAGCAUGUUCGCAAGGCGGACGUCAUCUUCUGCUGCACCCCUUCGGUCGAGCCCCUCUUCCCUGCUGAGUUCCUCACAUCCCGCGAAGGUCGGCAAAAGGGUCGUCUGAUUAGUGCAGUUGGUUCGUACAAGGCACACAUGGCCGAAGUACAUCCCGAUAUCCUACGCGAUGAGGUAAACGUGUCACCGCCUCAUCGUCAUUUCCACAAACAUACCCGUCGCAGCGGCGUGGUGGUUGUUGACAGUCUCGACGCGGCCAUCAAAGAAGCAGGCGAGAUCGUACAGGCGGGAAUCAAACCGAAGCAAAUGGUCGAGCUCGGCGAGCUUCUCAUGGUCCGACACGCCACGCAGGAGGCAGCCGAUGAACAGAAGAGUUUGCGAGAGUGGGUGGAGCGCGGCAAUGUUAUUUACAAGAGCGUUGGGUUGGGCCUGAUGGAUCUAGUGACGGGUGGUGAUCUGGUUCGUCUGGCGCGAGAGCGAAAGUUGGGGACGACGGUGGAAGACUUUUAG